AUGAAUAAGUUUUAUUUAUAUUAGAGUACUUUGAUAUUCACCUCUAAAAAAUUUAACUUUAAGAAUUCUUUAUUUCUAGAAAAUAUUAUAUGAUCAUGUUAAUUCUUUGGCUUCUAUAAAAAUAGAAUUGAUUGAUUUUUAUUAUUAAGAUCCAACAUAUAAAACGAUUAUUAGUUAUCCAAUCUAAGCUUUAUAAUUUGAUUUAGAAUAUUAUCAACCAACAUAAUUAGAGGAAAGUAAUGAAUAUUUAUGUCAAAACUAGGUUCAAAAAACAACUCUAGAUAGAGAGAUUGAAACUAAAGUUUUAGUAAAAUAUUUAUUUUAGAGAAAAUUAUAAUAAUUUAUGAUAAUUCGACAUCAAGAAAUCUAUUAAAUAUACAGGAUUAACACUUUUCCCCACUUAUUGAGAUUGUAAAAUAUAGAAUUUUUAUCAAAACAGGAUUCCUUUCAAAGCCAGAAUAAACCAGAAAUACCAUUAUCAAAUUACAUUUAAAAUCUUUUUUAAAAUCUUCAAAAUUUCCUGUAAAUAAAUGAACUUAACUAAAAUGUAAUUAAAGAUUUUUAAUUUGUUGACUUACAUAAAAUGCUGCCUUGA